AUGUCCGUCUCAGAAAACCGCUUGAUUACAACGCCGCACUCUGAAGCCGAAAAAAUGGGGAAGGAAAAACACGAUGAAGAACUUCCCGAACAUACAAGGGUGGAAGCCACUGCCGGACCCCCAGAUGGUGGCCUACUGGCUUGGUCUGUGGUAGCGGGAGCCUGGUGUACCUCGUUCUGCAGCUUUGGAUGGUUGAACAGUGUGGGCAUAUUUCAAGAGUACUACCAGAGGGAUUUCCUAAAGCAAUACUCAGCCAGUACAAUUGCCUGGAUACCCUCACUCCAGGUGUUCUUCAUGCUAGCAUCGGGUCCAUUCAUUGGUUAUAUAUACGACAGGCAUGGGCCACGAUAUAUCAUUCUAGUUGGGACAUUUAUGCACGUGUUCGGUUUAAUGAUGGCUUCGAUCGCGACGAAGUAUUAUCAGCUCUUACUCGCCCAAGGGAUCUGUAGUGCCAUCGGCGCUGCUGCCAUCUUCCAGCCAGCACUCAGCAGUGUCAGCGGCUGGUUCGAUAGAAAAAGGGGCGCUGCCUUUGGUGUGCUCUCCACUGGCUCUAGUACUGGUGGCAUCAUAUUCCCGAUCAUGGUCACUCACCUCAUCGACGAAGUGGGUUACGGAUGGGCUAUGCGGAUAGCAGCAUUCAUGAUUCUAUUCUUGCUUAUCAUUGCCAAUCUCACGGUCAAGUGCCGCGUACCUCCACAACCACAAAAGCUCACCGUGCAGGAUCUCCAUCGUCCCUUGCACGAACCCGGCUUUCUGCUUGUUGUGGCAGCAUUCGCCUGUCUUACUUUUGGAAUUUUCAUUCCUAUUAAUUACAUAGUCGUCUCGGCGACUUCGCAAGGGAUGUCCAUUGAGCUAUCCAAGUACCUUGUUCCAAUCUUAAAUGCAGCAAGUUUCUUCGGCCGGUUUGGAACCGGGCUCGUAGCCGACAAGCUGGGUCGGUACAACAUAUACGUCGUCGUCUGCGCGGUGUCAGGCAUACUAGUGUUGGCUCUCUGGCUCCCCGGUUCCAGGAACGCCACUAGCCUCGUCUUUGCCAUCCUUUUUGGAUUCUCCUCUGGGGCAUAUGUCUCUUUAACUCCGGCUCUUGUUGCCCAGAUCUCUCCUCCUCGUGAGUUCGGAUAUCGCAAUGGGCUCAUGUUUUUCUUUGCCGCAUUCCCAGGUCUCAUCACGAACCCGAUUGCGGGGGCUAUACUAGCACGUGAGAAUGGAUCAUACGAUGGAAUGAAGGUGUUUGCAGGAGUUUUUUGUCUUGCUGGUACAGUGUUAGUUGCCGUCGCUCGGUUUAUGAAGACCGGUCCUAAGCUUUUUGUUGGAUUUUGA